CUGGGGCGGGGCCGCCGUGGCCCGGCAGCGGCACCGUCAUGGCGGCGGAGCGGGAGCGGGACCUGCGAUUCUACCGGCGGCUGCCCAAAGUGGAACUUCAUGCUCAUUUGAACGGCUGUAUCAGUUCUGCCACUAUGAAGAAACUUACGGCCCAGAAGCCAGACUUGCAGAUCCAGAACGGAAUGACUGUGAUUGACAAAGGAAAGAAAAGAACCUUAGAAGAAUGUUUUCAGAUGUUCCAGAUCAUUUAUCAGAUUACCACUAGGACUGAAGAUAUUUUACUGAUAACUAAAGAUGUUAUUAAAGAAUUUGCUGAUGAUGGUGUCAAGUAUCUGGAAUUGAGGAGCACUCCUAGAGAAGAAAAGUCUACAGGUAUGACCAAAAGGAUGUAUGUUGAAACUGUACUUGAGGGUAUAAAGCAGUGUAAAGAAGAAGGCUUGGAUAUAGAUGUAAGAUUGUUAAUAGCAAUAAAUAGAAGAUGUGGUCCGGCAGUUGCUAAGCAGACUGUUAAACUUGCUGAAGAGUUCCUUCUUUCCACUGAUGGGGUUGUAGUAGGACUUGACUUCAGUGGUGAUCCCACCGCAGGACACGGUAAGGAUUUUUUGGAACCGCUCUUGGAAGCAAAGAAAGCAGGUCUAAAGUUGGCAUUGCAUCUUUCAGAGAUUCCAAAUCAAGAAGAGGAGACUAAAAUCCUCUUGGGCCUGCCUCCUGACAGAAUUGGACAUGGAACAUUUCUCAACUCUGCAGAUUCAGAAGAGUUGGUGCUACUUGUUCAACAGAAUCAGAUACCCAUUGAACUUUGCAUGACAUCAAACAUCAAAACUCAGACAGUGCCUUCCUGUGACAAACACCAUUUUGGAUACUGGUACAACAUGGGCCACCCUACAGUGCUUUGUACUGAUGAUAAAGGUGUCUUUGCAACAGAUCUAUCGCAGGAAUACGAGCUGGUUGCAAAAACAUUUAAUCUGACUCGAUCGCAGAUGUGGGAUAUUUCGUAUGACUCCAUCAACUAUAUCUUUGCUUCAAAUGUAGUAAAAUCAAAGCUAAGGGAACAAUGGGAUAGGCUGAAGCCAACUCUGUUUGAUUGAUCGAAACAUUGUUCUAAACAGCUUGGGUGUACUAGCUCACAUAAUAAGCAUUUUUUACUGAAAUUCCUGGCUUUAUUCAGACUUCAGGUUUAUAAAUCCAUCCCAUAAACUGUGCCUGUGCAGAAUGAAGACAACAGGAAUAUGUCCUUUCUUUGUGGGAACAGAAGUCAAUGUUCUGUAGUUGGGAAGUUACUCAACCAGUAACUAAAAUUUCAAGUGUGUUGUCACGUUGUUUCUGUCCAGUUGAUAGGGCAUUUUCAAAAAGUUCUUAGUUGAAAUAUAUCAUCAUACUACAGACAUCUGGGAGUUGGAGCAAAAUGAAGGCACAGCUGCUAGGGUUUAAAAUGUCUCUGCUGGCAACAUCAUGCCAAGCAGUUUGUAUGGUUUGUAUAUUUGUGUAUUGUAUUGGUUUUAAACUAAAGUUUUGAGCCAUUGAUUAAAUGUUAAGACAGAAACAAACUCAGGGAGAAUGAAAUAUUUGUCCCAAAGGAAUAAAAUAUUGCAUCUGUUUUUAUUGGUGUACAUGUAUGACUGAAAGCUCCUGUGGAUUGUGUAGCAGAUGUGGCAGUGUCUAUUGAUGCACUUAGCACUGGCAGUAUUUGGACAAAGUUACGAAUCUUGAAUGCCUUGGUAAACUGUGAGCUACUUGGGAGAAAUGGUCUAAUUCUUAAAAUGCUUUUUACAUUUGCUGUUUGUUUCUUGGGAAAAAAAAAAAAAAGCUAUAAACCCAGCUUUAAUCUCCCAGGUGUUCAAAACCACUGCUUCAAGUGUGUCUGUGUGUAUCUGAGAUCUGCAGAAGAGAAGCAUGUGUAACCUGCUACAGGAUUUAGCAAGUGGGAGCUCCUGGAGCAGACCUGCUGUCUGCAGGCAGCAUCACCUCUGUUCUGUCCUGUUCUGACAGCAGACAGUGCUGCUUGGUUCAGGCAGGGACGGGUUCACUAGGUGUGUCUCUGUGCACCUGCAUCUGUAUUUUGAUACUGAGAUAUCAAAAUAUAUAUGAAGACACCCAUGCAGCAGUAUCUAAUACUAGAUAUCGCUAGCUGGUGUAGAAAGUAUCCAGACAGAAGGUAUUUCAUACCUAGAAUAUUUUUAUAUUGAUAAAUUAAGCAAAUGUUCUGGGCUCUACAAGGAAUACUGAAUAUAAAUACAAUGAUACAAAGCUGCUCAUGACUUCUGCUCUUGUCUUUUUUAAUACAGUCAGCAUAAAGUAGUUGUUCUGGCUCCAAGUGGCAGUAAGAAA